CGUCCCUCAAGGACACUUAUGCUUUAUAUAUAACCUUGAAUUGUGCGCACAUUCGUGCUACUGCCUUCCUGUGGAGUACGUGUCAACUCGCAUGAGCCGGGUUCUCUCCCUCUAAAAAGGUGUAAUGGACACAAAAGACUUCCAUACUAGAAACGAAACAUCCUGAUUACUUUGUUCACUCCUACUGCUAUAUGACAACUAUGAAAUCCUAUGUAGCCGUGGUCAUUUACUCGGUCAAUUCAAAAAAUUCUGUGUUCCAGAAAAUGCGGGUUAGAUCUUUGAAAAUGGAUACUGAGAAAGUUGAUGCUUUCGAUAAAAUAAUGUUAUUUUCUUGUAGUGUAGAUCCAUCUUUAUCAUGGUCUGUUGAAGGUUCUUUUUAUACGGAAAGAUGGAUUCCUGUAACUCCACAUGCAGCCAGUGGUUUUCUUGUUUCAAACCGUAAUUCGUCAAUGAGUUCUAUAUUGUCUGUUGAUUUAGAAUUAGAAACUGUUUCUGGUUCCGAAAAAUCUUGUGUUUCAUUUACUUUACGUCCAGAUUACCAAGAUGACCAGGGUCUACUUUGUCUUCCAGUUUCUUCCGAUAGCGGUAUUUUAGAUGAAAUUUACCUGUACUAUCUGUUUAUAUUUGACUACAAACCACUUCAUACGGAUCAAGGAACACCUCUCUAUUUAUGCCUCCCUCCAGUUAAUUCAUCUAUGCAUCAAAUUGCAACCUCCCAACCAAUGAUAGUCGGUCAUGCUGGUGCCGGUGUAAAAUGUGCACAUUAUGGUAAAGGGCCUGAAUGGCCAGAAAACACAAUAUGCGCAUUUAGACGUGCUGAACAACUUGGAGUAACAAUGGUAGAAUGUGAUGCAACUAUCACAAAAGAUUCUGAAGUUGUUUUACACCACAACUUCACACUAGGAGUAUGUGAGCAACCGAGAAAAUCUGAAAAAGAUCCACAAACUUUCAUUUUAGAGCAUAAAACUGAUGGUGUAGUAAAUGAAAAUAGCACAGAUUUGAUUGUGAACUACCAAUUAUCUGAAAUUCGUAGCUUGUUGAGAAAGGUCAAUGGAACGAUCGGUUGUGCAAACAUUAUCCAGAGUCAGUAUCCUAGUCCCUUAACAAUGAAUGAUCCUAUUCCAAAUAUUCAUGGUAAAGAGGCUGAACCAAUACCGUUAUUAAAAGACGCAUUCUACCAAACGUCCACAAAUCUAAGCUUCAACGUGGAGAUAAAAUAUCCCAUAGAAACGCCAUAUAAUCUAGUCGCUGAAGAAUUAAUUAAACAUAAACCUGUCGAACUUUCUUUACCAACACCGUCCUCAUAUUUCUAUAAAAUCAACAAAUUCUGUGAUACAAUAUUAGAUGUAAGUAAUUUAGUAUUUCUUGGAUUUUUAUUUAUUUCGUUUGUUGUCUCAGCACAACAGACUACAGAAUAUUCCACUGAUUGAGCUUUUCAUCACUUUAUUCAGCACAUCAAAAUAUCUUUAUUUGGUUUGAAGAGGUGUAACAACUAAUUAUCAAAGCUCAGAGGAAACCACCCUGAGCCGAAAAUGUCUAUUACGACUGGAGAUUUCUUUCGAGAACACUUCGUCGCUGACAAUAUGGUCACACGCUGGACCCAGAUACGUUAUCCUAUCUUCAUUUAAUCCUGAUAUAUGCUUAGCUUUAAGGCUAAAGCAAUCUUUUUUACCAGUCUUGUUUAUUUCUCGUGGUGGUUAUCCAAAUGAUAGUAGUCACAAGUCAGAUCCACGACACCACAACAUAUUCUCUGCGACAAGUUGGGCACAUAUAAUGAACUUAAAUGGGAUUGUUACAGUGGGACAUCAUUUCGGUUCGACAAAUGAUGUGGAUGACAGGCAGAUCAAAUCUCUUGGAGCGGAUUUAGAGAGUAAACAGCUAUCCUGCUUUGUGUAUGGUGAUGGUGUGUCUGAAAUGAGUUUUUAUAGAAAAGCAUCACAACUUAAUUUGACUGGAGUAAUAGUUGAUCGAUUAGAUGAGUUUAUGCAUAUGUACCAUGAUCAAUACAAAACAAACACACAAUUAGUGUCUCCAAACUUUUGAUUCAUUUAGUGAUUUUCAAACAUAUAUUUAAUUAAUAGACAGUAAAUUUGUACAAUUAACUGUUUUUCUGUAAAAAAAUGUUUGCUGGUAUAAAGACAGUUUAGUUAACGAUCACAUGUAUAUUUAG